AUGAAAUGUGGCUUGGCCACAGACGAUGACGUGGAAGCCUUGUUGGCAACUGCCGACUAUCCCAUGGUGUACGUUGAGCACUACAACGGUCCGAUUGUAGAAGAAGCCUACAUCCCUACUUUUAAUUUUGCUGAACCUUCGGGACACGUAGAUGAAGCACAAUGCAGUCAGUAUGAGACGCCGUAUUAUCAUCAUACGUCGUUUCAUGGUGCCCAGAGCUCGCCUCCACGACAAUAUUUUACAUGGGAUGGACAACCGCUAGACGAAUCUGCAUGGAAUCAAACCGAAAGGCUUAAUGAAGUAUGUGGGAGAUUGAACGAUGUGCGGACAGAUGAUGAACCUGAGCACGAAGCUGAAGGCUCGGUUGCAUCAGGAGACGAUGAUGAUUCUGAUGACGAAGAAUUUGACCCUGCACUCGAGGUGGGCACUGCUUCUGAUGCCUCUGAGGAUUUAUUAGACGACGAUCUAAUUGAUUUCACGGAGACCGAGCGAGUAGGUUGGAUCCGACAAAGUACAACACGUGACGGAGAUCCGACAGCCGAGACCGGUGAUCUAACUAAUUGGUUAGUUCCCUUGAUUCCAGUGGACGCCUCGGCUUCGCUGGUUGCUCGCGAGAGUGACCCUUCUAGAGUUGAUGAUCUGCAGAAGAAUUCUUUUUACAACAGCAAAGACGACCUGAUCAUUGCUGUUGGUUUGUGGAACAUGAAGCGAGGCACUGAGACAAAAGUUGUCCGCUCAGAUCCGGGACGAGUCUAUUUCUCGUGCAAGCACUCUGACAACUGCAAUUUCGAUCUUCGUGCGUCUGUUCACGGCCGAGGGAUGUGGAGAGUGCAUAAGUUGAAAGAGCAUUCAUGCGAAGGGGACUUGCGCACAGCUAAAAAAAUCAAGGCGCACUCGAAGGUGGUGGCAGCGUUUGUGGCAAACAGAAUACGCGAUGAUGGAGAGGUCAUUAAGCCGAAAUCCAUCAUGGCUGAGUUAGUACGCGAUUUCGGCAUCAAAAUCAAAUAUGAUGUCGCGCUGCGUGCAAGAAAUCUCGGGAUGGAUAUGAUAUACGGUCGAGUUGAUGAUUCGUUCCUCCUGCUCCCAAGAUAUCUGUAUGCCCUGAAGGAAGCGAAUCCUGGCACCUUAUAUGAUUUGGACGUAGAUGUAGACUGCCGGUUCAAACAUUUGUUUGUUGCUCUGUGGGCUUCCAUCUCACCUUUCUACUUUCACCUUCGACCAGUGAUUGUGGUUGACGGCACACACCUGAAGGGCAAAAAUAGUGGCAUUUUGUUUGUCGUCGUGACAAAAGACGGAAACGAGGCAGUUUUUCCCUUGGCGAUCGGUGUCGGUCCGAUCGAGAAUGAUGAGUCGUGGAAAGCGAGUUUUCAAAUGUUACUCACGGUAUUUGCUACUACCACUUGUUGA